AAAAACACACUGUCAGUUUAAGUGAUGAAUAACGCUCAAACUUCUUUUGAUUUGUAAUUUUAAUUUUCGAAUUCGUUUUCUGCUUUCAAAAAAGAUGAAGACAACGCCAAAAAAGAAGGACGUGUCGCUUCGCCUGCGGGAGCAACGUCGGGAGGAACCUAAGCCGGAGCCCAGCCAGCCGGCGCUGGACGACGACGCCGAGUCUGAUUUGCCCAUCCGGGGACGCCCGUCAAAGAAGCUACUGCUCCAACAGCAGCAGCAGCGCCAGUACCAGGUCAAGUUACAGCCAGAUGCUAAAACUGUGGAGGUCGGCGCUAGUGGUUCGGUGUCUCCAACAUCCGGAGGAGGGCGCAUCAAGGCGCGCAGAUCGCUCUACAAGAAGGGAGUCGGCAGCGGUAGCAGUGGCUCCCAAAAGGCUCCUGGCGAGUCGUACGUUAUGCGACUGUUUGAGCGUAGCUUGGACCUAUCAAAAUACCAGGAUGGCACACCUUUGUAUCCCAUCUGCCGUGCCUGGAUGGCUAACCAGCCAAGGAACCCAUCAGUGGCAUCAUUUCAGACAGAUGCCUCCGAUUCUUCGGUAAAGCGCGAGGACAACGGUGAGGAGGUUCUUGCCAAGUUGCGCAGCGGUGACCUGAAAGUGCUGACAGCGCUGCCCCAGCCUCGCUCCACGGACCUGCCCGUAAUACCGCCACGCCUAGAGUUUAGCAAGGAGGAGAAAAAACUGGAAAAGUCUCUGGAAGGAGCUAGUCGCUCCGAUCUGUUGGCCUCCAACGUGGCGCGCUGGAAGAAGGUGCGUGGGCACUGGCUAACCCAUACCCAAAAGUACGAAAAGGAGCGUUUCGAAGUUAUAGACCAGAUCAUGGAUGAAAUCUGCCAAUCCUGAGCCCUGAUUAGAAUCAUUCAAAUAAAUUUCUUAAGAUACUAUAA